GUAACAAAUGUGUCGUUCCAUUUCCGCACUUUCGACACGGGUUAACGUGUCGUAGCAGCUGAGGUUGCGUUCAGAGGUCACUAUCAGUGCUGUGAUUUAUAAGACGUUGACUUUAUGAAUAAUUCACUGUGCGGCGGGAAAUUUUUUUUCUUCUUUUUUUCUUUUAAUAUAUAACUACUAACGGAGAAAUUAAAUAAGGGUAAAUGUUUGAGUUGGGGAAAUUUGCCUAAAGAGAAGCAUUAAACUAGAUGGUUCAUUAAAGAAUCAAACAAAGGAAAUUAUCUCUCAAACAUUUCUGAUUAUAUCUUUUCACAAUUUUCCAACCAAUUACAACGAAAUAACCGCCAGGUGAUGCUUGUACACAAACGUGAAUAAGCUUGUGGGAUACGGACGGGAUGUACUUGAACGCAGCACUGCUCCCGGACGGGCCAGCAGGAUAACGGGGGACUGACUCUCCGUGUGACACGGGUCUGCUCGGCGCAGAUAAACAAACCCUUCCUUGCAUGAACCCGUGGCGCUUUAACAACUAACUCUGCAAGCCUGGGUCACGCUGCACAUGCAUGCCUUGCAUGUUAGUUGACUCUGCAGACAUGUUCUUCCUCGCUUUGAUGCAUGGCCUUUCUUAAGAAAUGAUGAACACAACAAAAGCUGUCUUGCAUGUUGUGCUGUGAGUGAAGCAUCAUGAGAGACGACAGGGAUAACCCUCUGGCCCUGUCAUUCAAGAGUUCCAGCUGCAACGAUUACAGUCAAGAACUCCGGCGAUUACGUGCUGAUUUGGAGGUAGAGAAGAACCAAGCGGCGUGGGCCUGUGGGCGGCUCGCUGUGGAGCUUCGGCGACUCAGAGAAGAGGCGGAGAGGGAACAUCAGAGGGCUGUGAAGGAGCUGGCAGCCAGACGAGGGUCUAGAAAGAGUCAGAAUGGAUCUAGAAACCUUCUGGUUGAAGAUUUAAGGAAUAAAGAUGAUGGACAAUUCUGCAAAGGUGUACCCACAGGGGAAGAGACUUUUCAUUUCUGUAGCAGUCAAACACAGCUCCUGCUUGAUAAGAUUAAUGGAAAGGAUGCACCUUUUAAAUCACAGGAUUUUGAGCUAGAAAAGGCCAUCCUCCUCUGCCACCUGCUAGAGACUCAUGGACAACUCCUAAGGGGAACUCAAAAAACCAAAUCUCAACGCUGUGCAGCCAAAUGUUCUUCAAAGAAGCAAGCUAAGGAGGAGACCAGUAAACCCUACAAGACAAGCACUUUCUCUAAUUACCCAAGUGCCCCACAACUGAAACCUCAGGGUGACUCCCACUCAUCCCAGAGGUCCAAACUAGAAGGGUGGAGGCAGUCAUUGGAGUGUAAUCUACCUGCAGAUGCUUCAUGUUUCUCCACUAAAACCUGUCCGAGCACCAGCCUGACAACGGGUCACCCUCAUCCUCCUCCUACACAUGCAGGUCAGGAGAACCGGGCAUCAAACUGGACUGAAUCCUCUGGAACAGAUGAGUCCUCCAUCUCCAAAUGUAUGGGGAGGAACAUGGAGAGAGUGAUGUACGAUCUGUGCUCUCGGCCCGAGCAGCCUGAACCCGCACCCGAACACGCAGACAUGGAGAGCAGCAACGGCAUGGAGGCUCUUGGGAAACAGCAAGAGAAACUCAACGAGUCGGAGAAGCACAGCAACAACAAUGACGUCCCAAAAACUGCCAAGUUAGCCACAAAGUCUUUGCUGGGAAAGCGGCACCAUUCGCUCUACGCAAACCUCAGUGGGUUUGAAGCUGAAGGAGUACAAAAGAAUGGUACAGACUAUGGGUUUUUGGUGCGCCAGAACUCAGAACUUCUGCGAGCCCUGGACGAUCUAGAAAAAACCUGCAGCACACUGAAGGAGGAGAAUGGCCUGCUGCGGAAGAGCAGUGCUCCAGGGACGGAGGAGAAGGUCAGGAGGUUAAGGAAGAAGAACACCGAGCUGGCAGUUCUUGCUAAAAGGCUGGAGGAGAGGGCACGGAAACUACAGGAGGCCAACCUAAGAGUGGUGAACUCCCCGUCAUUGAUGAGGCCUGGAUCUGCAGAACACUACAAGAGAGCGUUUGCCCGUCAGAGAGCCCGCGACCUAGCUCAUCAUGCUGAUGCACUGCUGUCCAAGGACAAGGAGAUUGCUGCUCUGCAGCAGGAGUGCAGGGAGCUGGAAGCUCAGCUGGGCCACUCCAAGGGGUUUCCUCUUCAUUCAAGCAGAGGAGAAUUUGAGAACCUCCUCAGGGAGUCUCAGAAGGAAGUUCUGCGUCUCCAGAGGCAGCUGUCGGUCACGUCAUCCAGACACCAGGACGACACUGAACUCAGCGUCAAAACAUGUGGGGAAAAUACCAAAGACAAGGGACAAGAGAAGGUUGAAGGAGAAACCCCAUCUGUGGGGUUAGAUGAAGCUCCAUCCAGGUCCGCGAAGACUCCUACAGAGGAGGGGGAGUCGUGGCUACGAGUGACGCCCCCAUCGGGCCUUAGCCCGAGCCCCUCCAGCCAGGAGGAUCCCCAACAACGCAUUCAGUUUCUGGAACGUGAGCUCAACAACAAGAGAAAAGAAUGUGAAGAUUUUGAGCAUGAAGUAAAGAAGCGACAGAGAAGAUGUCUGGAUUUGGAGAGCCAGCUUGAAAAUGAGCGAGGCAAGAAUGAACACUUGAAGGAGGAGGCAGAUCUCCUCAGGAGGAAGGCACUGCUGCUCGACCAGGCUCGGGCUGAAAAUGAGGAGUUGAGGGAAGAACUCUCUGAAGUGACCGCUCAGCGUAAUUCAGUUCUUGAGGAGAACCAGAGACUCCGUGCCAAACUGGAGAACCUAGAGCAGGUCCUAAAGCACAUGCGAGAGGUCGCCGAGCGAAGGCAGCAGCUGGAAUUGGAACAUGAGCAGGCUCUGGCUAUCCUAAAGUUCAAACAGGAUGAAAUCAAACGGUUACAACGGGCUCAGUUAUUUGCCAAGAGGGAGCAUGAAGGAGUGGUUCAGAUGCUGGAGGAGUUGACUCAGCUUGUGUUGCGGCGGGAGCUGUCAAAGGUACGAGAGCUUGAGGAGAAAUGCCGCAACCAGAGCGAACAGUUUGGCCUGCUCUCCCAGGAGCUGGAGAAGUUUCGACUGCAGGCCUCCAAGGUGGACCUGGCCAGCUCCACCCUCCUCAACACCCCCAGCCUCUCUGUUCUGACCAACGGAGUGGGGCUGACUACAGAACGAGACGGCACUGCUGGCACAUGGGAUGAAAUAGCCUUCUGGAGUGUGGAGGGAGGGGACACUCUGUCCUGCCCUGAGGAUAUUGAUUGUCUUGAUGUGGCGGCUGCUCUGCGCAUGGGGGCCACCCCCCACCCUGCUGGACUCACCAGGGCGGAGCGCUCACCAGUCACCAAGCAUCGAGAACUGCCCACCAUCAGUGUCAGCAAGUCAGCCUCCUCCUCCAACAAGUCGGAGACCGCACACCUCACCCCCAAGUCUGACACCCACCUUAGUCCACACAAAUCCAGCCCGACACAUGAGGUGGACACUGCCAGCGAAGUGGAAGAGUUGGACAUCGAUGUGGCUUUGGCUCCUUACACAGCCAGCAGGGGGGCAGCAAAACUCCAGGUUUUCAUUGCCAGAUACAGCUAUAAUCCAUAUGACGGCCCCAAUGACAACCCUGAGGUGGAGCUGCCACUCACAGCUGGAGAAUACAUCUAUGUGUAUGGAGACAUGGAUGAUGAUGGCUUCUAUGAAGGUGAGUUGAUGGACGGGCGGAGAGGGCUGGUCCCCUCCAACUUUGUGGAGCGAGUAUCAGACGACGACUUCAUGAGCGCUCAUCAGCCAGACACAGGGGACGCGUCCCAUAAUUCCCUUCUUGUCAGCAGCCUGCACAGUGCCAGCCACCAGCAUCACCUCCACUCAGGCGUCAGCGCCUCUGCCCCCGCCUCAGCCCCCCCAGAUUCGAGAACAGCCUCAACUGUCCCACCCCCUCUCACCAACGGCCUGGACUUGGACUUGGAGGAGGUGGGAGUGGACCUCGUGCCUUACCCACGUAAACUCACCCUCAUCAAGCAACUUGCCAAGAGCAUCAUCAUUGGCUGGGAUCCUCCGUUGGUGCCAGCUGGGUGGGGCAAUGUAUUCAGCUAUAAUGUGUUUGUGGACCAGGAGCUGCGGCUCAACGUGCCCUUCGGCGCCCAGACCAAAGCGGUGCUGGAGCGGCUGGACAUCAACCUCAAAGCCUACCGCGUGUCGGUGCAAAGCCUGACAGAGAAAGGCGUCUCGGACCAGCUGCGCUGCAGCAUGCUGGUGGGCCGGGAUGUUUGUGUGGCGCCCACGCAGCUGUGUGUGGACAGGGUUACUGCCACCUCUGCCAACCUGACCUGGCUGCCCAGCAACAGUAACUAUGUGCACAUUGUGUCCUUGAACGAUGAGGAGUGUGAGCUGGUGAAGGCUGGCUGCUACUCGCUGUGCCUCAACAACCUCCUGCCCAGCCUGCAGUACACCGUAAAGGUGGAAGCACGGCCGCACCGCACCCCGUGGGAGCUCCCUGUGGAGCGGCGUGAACACAGAAGCGCUACCAUCACCUUCAGCACACUGAUGGCAGUUUCAUGCCAACAUUCUGGAAAUGCAGGCCCCCCGGAUGCUCCCCUGGAUGUACAGCUGGAGCAGGGCCCCUCUCCAGGGAUUGCUCUGAUCAGCUGGCUGCCAGUCACCAUAGACGCUGCAGGGACCUCCAACGGAGUCCGUGUCACUGGAUACAGUAUUUACGUUGACAGGAAAAAAGUCCUGGAGGUAUCGUCCCCCACAGCGGGCAGUGCCCUGCUGGGCCCCUCUCAGAUGCAGUGCCUGCAGGCCGCUCAGGAGCUCACUCUCCGCACUAUGUCCGCUCACGGGGAGUCCUGUGACUCUUUGCCAGUUAAGGUGCCCUCCAAGCUGGCUGCCAUCAUGGCAGGCCCGGCUUUCUCUUCCCCCGUAGUGCCAGCUGCUCUCUGCGCCUCGCCAGCUUCCAGUAUUGUGGCCCCACAUCCGUCCUACGGAAACUGUACUGCAAACGUCUCCACCAGCCCUUUGCCAUUAGAUACACACAUCCCCGGGCUCAGGGUGGAACCCACCACCAAAACGCACGGCGCUCUUCAUUCAGAUCAUCACCCAACGAAUGCCUCAUAUGUGAUGGCCUGGGCCAACCCCUCAGCUGCUGCUGCCUUGUCUGUGUGUGAGGCCCCACUACCAGCACCCUCUGCCAUUACUCCACCGGUCAACGUGACCACAUCCAUCAUCAGCACACCACCUCAGGCCUGUCCAGCAGCAGCACCAUCGCCCACCCAAGCACCAACAGCAGCACCAGCGCCGGUGUUAGAGCCUCGCAGAGAUGCUGACAGUCCCGGAACCAUCCGCCCUUUCCCGUCCAUCACAGAGUUUAUGGAGGACCCCAGCGACCCCAAGUUCGCAACGCCCGAGCGCAUCCCUACCCCACCCAAAGCCCCGAUCACCGACCUCCUGAACCCUCAGUGCAGCAACAUCCUCCGGCCACCAAGUACUUCUCCACUGGAGUCGGAAGUAGAGGAGGAGCUGGAGAACACUCGCCUGGUUUCCAUCGAGGAGUUUCUGAGGCAGGACCAAGAUCCAGCUUACUGCAGGACACAACAGAGUUACAGCAGAGGCUUUGAGGAGCCUCCCAGUGAUUAUAAUGCAGACAACAGCCGCUCAGACCUGUCAGACAUCCUGGAGGAAGAAGAGGAGGACCUUUACUCUGACCAUCUCCUAGAAGGACAACCUAGGGGAUACUCAGUGGGAGCAAACAGGCAUUGCAAGUUUGGAACACCAGACAGUGAAGAGGAGACGAGAGAAAGAAUCCUCAAGUUGCCUCCUCAGGUUUGCCAGAACAAGCAGCUCUUUAGCAUUGCUGAGGUGACAGAAGAGGAAGACAGCAGUCAGGAGGAGGCUUUGGCUCACCGCAGAAAGGCUAGAUCUGGACACAGCCACCUUCAUCACAGCGGUCAUCAUCAUGCCCCCCAGCACCAUGCUAACCCUCACAACCCCUCUCACCACCAUCACUUCAACAGGGACUUGAGAUCCCUCGCCCUCAGACAGGAACCCCUGCAGGUCAAGCCCAAGACGCAGCACAGGGUGCACUAUACCGACACAGUCAGUUACCCUGAAGAUGAAAACUCAAGUAUGUAUGAGGGCCACACCAGCCGGCGGGUUUCAGCCCACCCUCCUCCCAAACACACCCCCAUUGGCAAAGAGAGAAGUCUGCUCAGAGGGCUAGGGGACCGCCUUAGGAGGGAGGCCUUGCUCAGGAGUCAGAUGGCCGUCGCUGCAACUGUUCCUCCAGACCCCGGCCCAACUCCCCCAAGAUCCUAUCCCGUCAGCAAAACCGUACGAAGUGUGAAGUCACCAGUUGGCCGAAGGAUGGAGAUUGAUGUGGAAUAUGGAACAGACACAGAGGAGCCAGCAGAUUACAACCCCGGGGAGGUGGUUCUGGAGCAGAUGAGCUCUGAGUGGUGGGUAGAAGGGGCUCCAGUGGAGCACUGCAGACCUUCACAUCGUAGAGGACCCAAAGCUGAACCAACGGAUCCCAGCCUGAUCCCUCCAGCUGUGGCAGCUCCACCGUGGACCAGCCAGGCAGAGCUGUCUGGUAAAGCCACCAAAACACCCAAAGGUGAAUCACCAAAGAUAAAAGGAGACGGUGAUGUUCGCAUCUUUGUGGCACUCUUCCCGUACGAUCCUGCCAGCAUGUCCCCUAACCCUGAUGCUGCUGAGGAGGAGCUGCCCUUCAGUGAGGGACAGAUCAUUAAAGUUUAUGGAGAUAAGGACGCAGACGGCUUCUACCGCGGGGAGUCGGCCGGCCACGUGGGCUUUGUGCCGUGUAACAUGGUGUCUGAGAUCCAGGUGGAGGACGAGGAGACCCGGCAGCAGCUGCUGCAGCAGGGAUUCCUGUCCACGGCCACUUCCAUGGAGAAAAUCGGCACUCGCACACAUGCUCAGCUUCCACGCCGCCCUGUCCCACCGCCGAAACCGAGACGAUCAAAGAAAGUGGAGUCUGCAGCGCUCCAGGAGGAGAGCGUAGACUCCUGCGGUCCAGAGCCCUGCCAGGCCGCCCCGCCCACAGUCACAGGGAAACCAGCCUCCGGGGCUCGCAGGAUGAUCGCCAUCUUUGAUUAUGAUCCCCGCGAAAGCUCACCCAACACUGACAUUGAGGCUGAACUGACUUUCAGUGCUGGAGACGUCAUUCAUGUGUUUGGCGAUAUGGAUGAAGACGGCUUCUUCUAUGGAGACUUGAAUGGACACAGAGGAUUAGUGCCCUCCAACUUCCUGCAGGCUUUUCCAGAUGAAGCUCCAGCAGAAGCAGCCUGUGCUCCGCCCGCUCCCGACCCCAAGAAAGAGUCACAGGACACCUCAACAGAACCACAAGGUUCUGGUCCCCCAUCACUAGAAGAGACUCCGAAUCCACAGAGUGAAGCUCCACAUCCGAGCAGGAGUGAGGCCACACAACUGAAUCCCACCACGAGCACUUCGUCAGACCCAGACCCUCCAGCAGGUCCAGCCAAUGUGGCAGUCUGCUGCUCUUCUCCAACUCCGCUUCCAUCAGACAGCCCCGCACCAGCGGACUGCUCUGCACAAGCAAAGAAGAAGAAAGGCUUUUUCUCCAAAGGCAAGAAGCUGUUCAGAAAGCUUGGAUCCAGUAAGAAAGAAUGAAUCAGAACUGUGAAUUAAUGGAGAACACUGGAAGCACUUUUGCUCUCUGCACUCUCAGCAUGUCUGACGCAUAAGCCGUCUGUAAAAAUACACUUGCCUUAGAGCGCUGCUUGACGAGCUGUUUAACGAAUUUUAUGAGACAUUAGCAUCAUGUGAGCAUGCAGAGCUGCAUGUCCAAUGCACUGAAUACCUAAAAAGUCAGUGGGAACAAAGAGGAAAAACCCUCUAGCAAGAGUCUAAUGGAGAGCAGAGAUCUUCCUUCGGGAGUCACUUCUCCGUUCGGACCCUCAGAGCCUCCAGAGCUGGUUAAUAAAAGAACCAGUCUCCCUUCUUUCAGAGGAAACCGUUUUCAUUACUGUUCCGGCGAACUGAGCAGCACACCCGAGCGCAGACACCAUUAAGCAUCUCGGUGAAACAUUAAUAUUAGUUCCGGCUCGGCGGAAAGGUAAUACAUUUGGGGGAGGAAAAUAAACAAACAAAAAAAUUGAAAAACCGAAACGGUACAAAAGUCAUCCGAACCAAAAUUGCGCGUAGCUUAACAGUUCGGUCCAACUACGUCUACCGUUACACCCCGAGCCAGUACUGUUCACUACUUUUCCCUGGCUGCAUACUGCUAGGUCCCUGUUAGACACAGUUUCUUGGUCUAUUUGGCUGUUUGUGUACUGGCUGUGAAAGCCAGAACAUCAAGUCCAACUGAACGUACUGAACCAGGCAGGUUUGUGUUUGUGCAUGCGCUCCUAUGUAUGUGUCUACAGAUAGUUGUGUAGCCCAACUGUUUUUGGUUCACAAAAAUGACUUUCUGCUCCCCAAGGAGGGUUAAUUCAAAGCUAGGACCUGCAGUGGAGAUCCUCUAAACUAGAGAUGGUUAGGUUUGUCGUUCUGCAUUGAUGCUUUCACACUAAAGACAGUCGGACCAACUCUGUUUAAAUAUGUGGGAAAUAGUUUCACGCUCUACUUUUAAGAACGAACCAAACCUGGUGGAAACGCCAUGCAUUUACAACAGCCGCUUCUUUGGUGGAAUAUUUAACAAAUGAGAUCCCUCCUAAAAGGCAAAAAACGCAGGAAAACGUGUCAUCUGUAUGACACGUUUUUUAAAAUCCCACUCCGAUCAUCUUUCGAUCUAUUUUGAAAGAAUUCCCGGUGUUCUUUUAAUUAUGCCUUUUCUUUAGGACAGUUUCUGCAGAGCGGCAGUAGUCGUGGGCGGGACUGUUGGUACAGAACAAGCCCGCUUCCUUUCCUGUUGAGAGCUCUCUGUUUACAUGCUCUCACGCUAACUUACAGUGAAAGGGGGCAGGAGGAGCAGGGAGCUUGUGGCUUGCCCAUAUCAGAGAAAAGAAACUGGUUUGGACACAGCCCUGUGUGAACGCACCCGUAGCUUUGUUACUGUUGUUCCCAGGUGUGCACCACUGUACAAAUAUUCCUGUUUAGACAUUUCAAAUGUGAAAAACUUUCUUUGCAAACUACUACAAUACCAAACUUGAUUCUGAUGCAUAGUAUAUGUAUUAUUACCCAGCUCUCUAAAGAGACCGUCCCAGUUGAUGUGAGUGUUUUUCCUCAAAUGUUGAUUGACACAUGGAGGGAGCGUAAGCUUUAUGCUACGGUGUUGGCUAUGAAACAAUGCAUAAGCUAGCAGAAAGCGGUUAAGUAGGUAUAGAUGUAAACUCGGGGAGGUGUACCUGCUGCAUGAGCUUUGUGUAGAACCUUUUGAUACAAACAUACAGUUGUGUCUGUGGUCAGCAGGCAGCUCUAGCAACAAUAGAAAUAUUAUUUGGAAACAGUAAAUCAAUAUAAUUUUACAAAUUGUGACUUCAGGUGAGGCCAUCCAAGUAAAGUUCCUGAAUUCAUCUGAGGAUUUCUGAACUGUGACCAUUGACUGUAUAUGAAAAGUGGACUGAGUGACCCCGCCCCCCUGGUGUCCAAACAAGAAGUUCCUGCUGGAUCCAAGAAGCCAAAAUUUUAUAGACUUCUAUAGAGAAACAGACAGCUGUCAUUAUAUUGGUCAGAAUAAUCAUUCUUGCUCUGAAACUUAAUUUAUUUCAUUGACAUGUUUUGUGAGUAGUGUGAGUUAUUCAAGUUAUAAACUAACUAAUCAGAUAAAAGUAGGUGGUCUCACGUUGAUUGUCAGAUUUUGUGUUGUCUGCUUUCAAAUGGUAGGGAUGUGGACUUCCAACAAGCUCACUCCUGGUUAGCUAGAGUGUGGUUGCCAUAACAAUGGCGACUGAAUUGACUUCAUUUGCUUUGGGCUUAAAAUAAGUCAUUUCCUAUGGAUGGCGCACUCACUCAGUCCAGUUUUCUCAUACAGUCAAUGGUUGUGACACAAGAAUAUGAAAUGGAAAUUUAGAGAUGACAUGUUCUUUGUCUACACAUAGUAUUGAUUGAAGAAAGAUAUCUUUAGUGGUUUUUUUGUUUUAACAUUUUUCUAAUUCUUAUAAUUAAAAUUAAACCAGCAGUAUUUUUUUAAUUAUUGACAUUUAACUUGGGAGAGUUUUUUUUAUUUGCCAAUUUGUGUUCAUUCCAAAAUAGGCCCACAAUAGGAUGUGUGCUUUAUUUUCGGUGAAAUUUGGAGGUAAAGAUGUAUUUGUGACUAAAUUGUUGAAGAACCGUUAAAGAAAAAAAAAAUCCCACUCUCCUUUUUGGAAACCACUUAAAGGGUUUUUAAUUCAUUUUUUUGAAUUUUAGACUGAAACCAUUUCCUCCGUACCUGAACAGAUGUGACACAUUUCACUUGUGGGAAAAUCCGCCCGAUCUAAGGAGGUUUGGUUCUUUGCACUUUUGCGACUCUUCAGUCAGGCUCCUCGUUGACGUUUCUUCUCUUUCGUCUCAUGAGGUGGAGCUGGGAGAUGAAGUUGCAGUACAUAAGCACUGGAGCAGACACAACGGUGUUACAACCAUGCAUCUGAAUUCAUGCAUUGUUGUGUUUAUCAUGCACACAUUUGCACUAAACAAGUGGAAUGUUUUAAACAGUAAAACUUCAGCAAUACUUCAUGCAGUGGAUGAACUGCCAGAGGACAACAUCAGAGCAGUACUUCAUCACCUUGAGAGCGUUUGCUAGAACACAGCCGGUGUGGUGAAGGUGGAUGCAGAUGUGUAAUGUAGGCCUUUUAGCUUUUUGUAACCGUCGUGUCAUUCUUUUUUUGAUACGUGGCUGAUGGGGAACUUCUCAGGUCUUAACUUCGUUGUUCCCCGUCAGUGCUGAACCACCUGUUGACUCCAGCUGGCCAUCAGCAGCAGAAUAUGCCAAAAUGUUUGGUGCUUUGCUUGUUACCAUAGCGAUAAGAGUCCAUUUUCACAGGGUUGUGGGAGAUUUUCUGCAUACUUUUGUAAUUAGGUUGACGAUGGAAGCCGAUGGUUGUCAUGUUUUAAUUUAUGAGCUAAACCUAAAGGGAGCACGAUGAUGCCAAGAAAGGUUGGGCUUUUUGAAGACACUUUAGACCGAAUUAGCCGGGAUAGAGGCAAGUCAAAGGCAGUACUGUAUAUUGUACUUAUGUUUUCUUUCUUUCUUUUUUUUUUUUUACUUUUCAAGAAGGGACAGACGCUCCAAAAUUGCCGAAAUGUGCAGCAAAUAUGUGUAAUGAUCUUGUAUUCAACGGCCUUUAACGCACACGUAGUUGUGUAGCUGCUGUGUAGCUGCUCUGUGGAGCCGAUAGCAGCGUGUAGGAAGUGUUUUAGCCUAGCUGAUCAUAUUUAGCCUUACAUCACAAACUUUAUUAGUCUUAACAUGUUUACAGGAAGUUUGCUGAAUGCAUGCAUACACAUCUUAUACCCAUAUUUGGCCUUAUUUGUGUUGCUGUCAGACUUGUCUACAAUAUUUAGGUCGUGGCUGGUCGAUGCAGAUGUUAGGACUUGUGUGUGUGUGUGUGUGUGUGUGAACUGUAAUGAACGUCGACAGCACUGAUCGCAGAGCUGUUUCCUUGUGUUUGCUUUUCUGCAUUCAUUAUAGAAAACCACUGUAAUAUGAGGCUUUCUAUAAAUUCCAUGAAUGUUUUUAUUACUGUUUUUGGAAUCUGUAAAUAAUUUUGUUCAUACUCUCUUCAGAUUUCAUGUGGUUUUAUUUUGCAUGUCUGAUCAGUGUUGACGGAGGACUAGCAUCGGAAUCUGUAACGGACUCUGCCGAGACUUUGUGAUGGUUUCUUUGGAUACUGACCUUUUUACCAAAAUAAAGAAUAUAUAUUUUCACAGAAAA